AUGCACGACAACCAGGCGACGGAUGGAGUGCUGCCCAUUCAGUCAAAGGAAACAAGCCUGGGACCAUCCCCGAUCAAGUUUUGCUGUUGGAUGGAAUGUACCUUUGACUUUAGUGCCUUCGGUUUGACGCCGAAGGAUGUUUCCCCUGCACUCCUCAUACUCUGUGCGGCCGCGUCUUAUGGAGACCUCCGAAACUACACUGGGUGUGGUAUCAUUGGGAUUGAUGCAAACACCCAGCUUACCCCCGUCUGCAAAACGGACAACCUCGCGGACUGCCUCGUACCCAUGGAACCCGAUUUCGACCUUGGAUCAUCAAUAUCUCAAAAUUUACAUACUUUGGAGGAUGAUCUGCACGAAGAAGCCCAGCGGCAUCAUCAACACCAGAAUGUCAUGAAUGGAGCCGCCAUUCGUCACAUCGUUAUAAUCGAGGAGAACAACGGUGGGAAAUCCCCGAAAUGGAUGCAACAGCUCAAAUCUGCUGGACAGACAGAUGAGCUCAUCCCCGCAACCGUUCUGCAUUGUAUCCUGGAACAAGGCCUUUUGUCAGUUCGAGUAUGCAUCGGCCACUCAGGCGCAGAUGGGGCUCGCCGAACGCAAAGCGUUGUCGAGAACUUCUUGCACCUCCUCAUUGAAUCGCUCAGUCACCCACGAUUGCGACUACUGGAUGUAGUAGGAGGCUGCCUGCCCACCUCGCCUACGGCUUCCAUUCCGGAUGUUCCACCAUUCUGGGAGGUCUGCGUGCAAAAUGUAAUCCAAGACCAAUGUCAGAAAUCUCCAGACUCUCUGGCAGUUGACGCAUGGGACGGCUCCCUCACAUAUCGAGAGCUGGACGAACUUACCGACCGGCUGGCACGUGCACUGAUGCUCUUGGGGAUAGGACCGGAGCGCUUCGUUCCCAUUUGCAUGGAAAAGUCCCAAUGGACAACGGUGGCCAUCCUCGCCGUUAUCAAAAGUGGGGGCGCAUUUAGUCUACUAGACCCAGCCCAUCCUUUGCCCCGCCUACAGCAGAUCUGCGACGAUCUUGGCAGUCCGUUUAUACUGUCGUCGGAAGCGCAGGCAGCGCGAUGUCUGAAGCUGGGAGAUGUUCUGGUUAUAGAGAAUUUGGAUCAAGCAUGCCGAUCAAGCCGUGUCCUCCACGAGAUGCCCCUAGCCCAACCAGGCAAUGCGCUCUAUGUCGCUUUUACCUCGGGCUCCACGGGGAAGCCGAAAGGAGUCAUAAUUGAACACCAGGCUUACUGCUCAGGCGCUCAGUCCCAUACCCAGGCCUUCCAGAUCAACGACAGGUCUCGCCUCCUGCAGUUCGCCGCCUACGCGUUUGAUGUCAGCAUCCUAGAGACGUUAAGCACGCUGAUGGCUGGAGCAUGUCUCUGCGUACCAAGUGAGGCUCAACGAAAUGAUGUGGUGUUGUUCGAAGAUGCCCUGAAGGCCUUCCGUCUCACCCACGUAGGUCUCCCUCCCUCCUUUGCUCGAAUAGUCCCCUGGGCGAAUAUGGAAGAGCGACCCACGUUGUUACUAGGCGGCGAGCCGAUGCGCAAGUCUGACAGAACCAUUUAUAGCGCGCUCGGGAUGCGCUUGAUGAAUGCAUAUGGGCCUACUGAAUGCUCUGUCAAUGCGACGAUCCAUCAUCGCGUUCGGCCCAGGCAUCCGGUGCAGAACAUCGGCAAGCCUACCGGGGCGGUUGCGUGGAUCGUCGACCCUGACGACAUGGAGAAGCCGAUGGAAUGGGACGAGGUUGGCGAGCUACUCCUUGAAGGCCCCAUCGUGGGCCGGGGAUAUUUGAACAACAGUGAUGCUACACGCACGGCCUUUAUUGACCCUCCGGAAUGGCUUCGACGGCAGCGAAAGGGGCAGUAUCAGCAUCGGGUUUACCGGACGGGGGAUCUAGCGUCUCAGGAUCAGACAGGAGCUAUUCACAUCGUCGGUCGCAAUGACGGACAGUUCAAGAUUCGAGGACAACGUGUCGAGGUCGCCGAUGUCGAACACCACGUCAACGACUUUGUGGACACCAGUACUGAAGUUGUCGUGGAGAAGGUCAACACGUCCGACGACUACCAGAGGCUAGUCGCAUUUAUGGUCCUUGAUGGGCCGUUACCUGCCCAGACGACUAGCUCGCUCUUUCUAGCACCGGAUGCCACUCACCUGGAGAGCUUCAAAGCCAUCCAGGAGCAGCUGCGUAACCGUCUUCCCCGGUACAUGGUUCCCGAUCUGUGGAUUCCCUUAGCCCGUCUACCCAAGGCAGCAUCUGGAAAAAUCGACCGACGUUUAUUGAGAGACACCACAGCGGCAAUAUCGCAAAGAGAUCUUUACGCCUUUGCGUGCUCCACGAGAGAGAAACGGUCUCCUACCACUUCCAGUGAACGGACACUACAGCAAGUGUAUGCUGAUAUCCUCCAAAUCCAGCCCACCGCCAUUGGCAUGGACGAUACCUUUUUGCGCCUUGGUGGCGAUUCCGUCCAAGCUAUUCGUCUGGUCGGGGCUGCAAGAAAGGCGGGACUGACCGUUCAGAUGCAGGAGGUCCUCGCUGAGGUCAGUAUCGCCGACCAGGCGGACAAGGCCAUGACGAUUGCGUCUUCGCCCGAAGCUAUCUAUGAGCCGUUUAGUCUGGUGGAGGCCUCUGUGCAGGCUGAUGUUCUUAGGCUGGCCCAGGAACAAUGCAGUGUGCAACUGUCCCAGAUUGAAGACAUCUAUCCGUGCACGCCGCUGCAAGAGAGCAUGUUCGCAUCCUCGUUGCAGCACCCUGGCAUGUACACCGGAAACAUUGUCUUUCGAAUCCCUCUCGGCGUGGAUACCUCCAGGUUAAAACACGCGUGGAAGGACACGGCUUACAACAAUCCUAUCCUGCGCACGCGGAUUAUCCAAACCCCGCAUGGGUUUUUUCAAGUCGUUGUCGACACCUUUGCUUGGCGAGAACAUACCGGCCCCAAUCUGAAAGCUCCGGGAUUCACGGAGCUGGUCGGGCAACCAUUGGUUCAAUACCUUCUUAAAGAGAAGGAUCGUGAGCUGAUAUUGACGAGUCACCACGCUGUGUCGGAUGACUGGAUGCUACGUCUCAUUCGACAACAGGUGGAAGCCGCGUAUCAAGGUCACUUGCUGAAGAAGCAGCAUUUCCACCCCUUCAUUCAAUACACCCGGGGCCUUCAGGGCGUGGAGGAGUUCUGGGCCACCCAGCUGUCUGAACUGGAUGCCACGGUAUUUCCUGAGCUUCCAGCCAGCAAUUACCGGCCUUCGGCCACGCAGUCCCUCCAACAUCAGAUCGAGGGGCUUUGUGUAGACAAGCAAACGCCUCAUACCCUCCCUACUUACAUCUACCUUGCGUGGGCAUUGCUUAUUGCUCACUAUACCGAUUCCGCCGAUGUGGUGUACGGCGCAACCCUGAGUGGACGCAAUGCCUCAGUCCCAGCCAUUGAGGCCAUGGUCGGACCAACAAUCACGACCCUUCCAUUGCGCAUUCGAUUACAGUCUGCAACCUCGGUAGUGACCGCGUUGGACCAGGUACAAAAUACCCUAGCCUCUAUGAUUCCGUACGAACAGGCUGGGUUGCCACGCAUCGCCAGGAGUUGCCAGGAUGGCACGAGAGCCUGCCAGUUCCAAAGCCAACUCAUAAUCCAGUCCCCAGAGGAAACAGAGGAUACAAAUAUUUUUGAACCUGUCCAAGGGUCCACCCAUACCGGGCUAGAUUAUACAGCCUUCUGUGAGUUCGCGAUGAUGCUGUCGGUCUUACCUAGCCAAAACCGGACCAGGAUGACUGUUGAUACUGCGUUCGAUCCCCAUGUCCUCUCUCCAAAUGCAAUGCGCCGGAUGCUAUGUCAGUUUACCCACAUUCUGCGUCAGAUCAUGCUGCAGCCUGCGCAGCAGAUACAAGCAGUGGAUAUGGCAUCCCCGGAUGACUUGGUUCAGCUCCAACAGUGGAAUUCUCAGAUACCGCCGGCGGAUUCCUCAUCCUUGAAUGACCUGGUUCUAACUCGGUGUCUCGAUCAACCACUGGCUACGGCUGUGUGUGCGUGGGAUGGGUCAUUGACGUAUUCAGAUCUAGACGGCUUGUCCUCUUCCCUGGCCUACCGACUUAGAUUGCUAGAUGUGCACCCAGGUUCUUCAGUGGGGAUAUGUCUGGAGCGGAGUAAAUGGAGCGUUGUCGCCAUUCUGGCCGUCCUGCGCGCCGGGGGUACGUGCAUUCUCCUGGACUUGCAUAAUCCGCGCCAGAGAAUCCACGAUAUCCUCAAAGAAACUUCCGUUCAAGUCGUGAUUAAUAGUCAGACAACGGCGGAAUUAACAAGCGAUCUCACGCCAACCGAGCUUCGUCUCGAUCCAGCAAUCACAGAUAUCCUGCCCCAGACGCCAUACCUGCCUGAUUCACCGGUCCCUCCUAGUACACCCGCCUUUAUUCUUUUCACCUCCGGCAGCACCGGUCGUCCCAAAGGCAUCGUCAUGCCGCACAGCACCUUAUCCUCCAGUAUUAGGUACCAUAGUGCACCGAUGAAUGUCGGAGCUGAUUCGCGGGUGCUCCAUUUUUCCUCGUACGCGUUCGAUGUCAGUAUAUACGAGAUCUUCACUACACUGGCGGCGGGCGCAACCCUCUGCAUUCCGUCAGAAUUCGAACGUAAAAACACGCUUGCCGAGGCGAUAUGCCGAUUCCAGGUCAACUGGGCGUUUCUCACUCCGUCAGCUGUGCAGACUUUGCAACCCUGGGAAGUCCCAUGCCUGUCGACCUUGGUCCUGGGAGGGGAAGCCAUCACCCGCGAAAAUGUCGACGUUUGGGCCCCUGGUCGCACGCUGAUCAACGGAUACGGUCCCGCAGAAGCUACCAUCUGCGGUGUUGGGACCAUUCCACCGACGGGGUGGAAGCAGGGGUUGAUUGGGUCAAUUGUCGGUGGUGUCGGCUGGGUGACAAUGCCCACUGACACGUCACGAUUAGCUGCCAUUGGGGCCAUCGGAGAGCUGCUGCUAGAAGGACCAUUUCUGGCUGCAGGAUACUUCAACCUCCCGGAUGUCACGGCCGAUUCAUUUAUAGAGUCCCCGGCAUGGAGACAGAGAAUGCCCCUGGGUCCAUCAUCGGGUCUCUAUCGGACGGGAGAUCUCGUGCAGUACCAAGAUGAUGGAACCAUUCGAUACAUGGGCCGUCAGGGCACACGCUUGAAGUUGCACGGCCAAAUGAUCGACCUGGGAGAAGUAGAAACCAACACGCUCCGUGAGUUCCCUGCAGCCAACAGAGUAGCUGUCGAGAUACUCUCUUUGGAUGUUGGCGGCAACUUGGCAGCAACACUGGUCGCUUAUAUAAAAUUCGACUCUAACGACCCCAAAGAGCGCGACGCCAAUGGUAUUUUAGACUCGGUCUGUCCGGAAUUUCGCCACAAUACGACUGAGGCGCAGAAACGCCUCCGAGGGCUCCUUCCAUCGUACAUGGUCCCGUCCAUGUUCAUCCCAGUCCAGGUGAUGCCGCAGACCGUGACGGGGAAACUUGACCGUCGCAGCCUACGAUCAGCUGUCUACUCGCUCUCCCCCGAGGAGCUCCAGAAUUACCGGGCAGCGCCGCUAGCGAAAACCUCAGUCUCCAGCGAUGCUGAGCGACUACUGCAAGCCAUGUGGGCUGAUCUCCUGGGCACGGCCAAGGAAUCUAUUGGGGCAGAAGACAACUUCCUGGUCAUUGGUGGUGAUUCGAUAUUCGCCAUGCGCAUGGUAGCCGCGGCUCGACGUGCCGGGUUCGGCUUCACCGUGGCGGACGUCCUGAGCCCGAACAGCUCAUUGUCAUCCCUUGCACUGUCCUUACAGGAAGUCGGGCCCGGUCAAGAGAAACCUGUUUUGUCUGCUCCAGCUCAGCCAUCUAUGCUCACAUCAAUGGAUUUCCAGCAGCAUCUCAGCUCCCUGCAACAGCAAGGAAUACUGCCCUUGGUAGGAAACGUGACAAGCGCGUGGCCAGCUACGGAGGCACAAUCAACACUCGUCUCGAGGUAUCCAUGGUUCCAUUUCCAGUUUCCAUUCCACGGCGAACUCAAUGAAGAUCAACUGCGAGAUGCUUGUCGGGCACUUGUCCAUGCUCACAGUGUGUUGCGGGUUGUCUUUACUAAAUAUCGUGAAGAGCUCUUCCAAUUAACCCUAGCCGAAGAUAUGAAUCUCCCUCUGCAGGUAAUAACGACCGAUAACUCGUUAGACUCCUUUUGUGAAUCUCUUUGCCAUUCGGAGCAAGCUGUUUCGGUUCCUUCAGCAGGAGUCGCGACCCGUUUUACCCUGGUCUCCAAUCCCACGCACACAGACCAGCGACUCAUCAUUCGUCUGGCCCACGCCCAGUAUGAUGCCAAUUCCAUUCCUAUUCUGGUUCACGAUCUCGAAUCAGUAUACAAUGAGGAAAAGAAGAUCGCAGAUACCUCUUUCGACUGGUACCUUGAACAACGGGCGCGGCAUUCAGAUCAAGAGCAGCACCGGGCCUUCUGGCAGGAGUAUCUAGUGGGCUCUUCCCUUGCCUCAUCUCCCCUCGAUCUCACGUCGGCCACCCAGCUGGUCACAGGAACCUGUGAUCUCGCUUUACCAGCAGGGCUCCCACCUUAUGUCACCCUGCCCACCGUCGUGAAAGCUGCUGCCGCUCUAGUCCUCGCUCGACACCUCCACCGACCUGAUAUCGUCGUCGGCCAGACCGUCGAUGGGCGGAGUCUUCCAUUCCCCGACAUCGACCGAGUUGUAGGCGCCUGUAACAACUAUAUCCCGUUCCGGGUACAGCCUCGUGCGUCCAUGACCGCCCGAGACUACCUCCUCCAUGCUCAAACCCAGCAUGCCCGGAGCCUGGGUUCCGAGUCUGUAGAUCUGCGAACGAUCGUCUCGAACUGCACAGAUUGGCCGUCUUCCACGGAAUUCGGGGUGCAAGUCCGCGUCUCUCAAGCUGGUGGGUGGGCUGUUGCCCGCAUCAGAGGUGUGGAUUUGCUCUACCGAUACUCCAUCCGGGGUGAGAAUUGA